GAUUACCACAGAGUAGGGCCAAGUCUCCUGUCCUGAGUGAGGAUCCCUGAGCCAGCCCUAGCAGUGGGGACCAUGAGCUCCGUGCUGGCAAUCUUCUUGCAGGAACUCCCAGGCCCGGUUCUGGUCCUGGGGAUCUUCCUGCCUGUGACCUUGCUGCUUCUCCUCCUGAUUGCCUACUUCAGGAUCAAACUGAUGGCAGUUGAAGAAGAACUGACUCAGACUUCUGAUCACCAGAACAAGUUUGGUCCUUCCCCACACAAGAGAAGGAGACGAAGAUGAGGGUGGGUGUCACCCAAUGGACAAAGCACCAUGAAUUUCGAAAGGUCAGGGAGCAGCAGUCAACAGAACAACCAGGAAACAAGAAAGAACAGUGAACGCAUCAGUUGCUACCAGAGGACUUCUGCAUGAUCCCACGUUAAUGGCAGUUCCCUCAGAAAGUACCAUGAACUUAAACUUUUCUUUAACAUGCUUUAUGAAUCAGGCAUAUCACGAGUUUCUUUCAUUGUGACUAUGCUUAUUUACUUUGCGGAGAAUAUUCUUAAAAUAAAAUUCCUAGAUCUCAUCA